UAUACAUCCGUUUUGGAAAACGUUAAAGUAUUUAGAUGCAGAAGAAGACGCGAACGAAGAAGUACGGCACGCAAACGCCGAUGAUAAAGAGUACUUUCAAUCGUUGGUGGAUGAAGUUUUAAAAUCCGACCCCUCAGUACUACGACGCGUCUCUCAGGUACUUGAACAUGAGCUGCACCCCGAUGGUCACGACAUACCUGAGCCCGAAGCAAGUCCACCGAGGAAAGGAAGACCAAUGACAAGCAGAACCUUGAGGAGAAACAAAAGUGCGUUUGAGUACAGUAGAUCGUCCUCAAGGGGUCGCGGAUCAAGAUCAUCAUCACGCGGGAGAUCCAGUGGUAGAUCAAGCAGCCGGUCGCAUCAAUCGUCAGUUGGAAUUAACUUCAGUUUCAACUUAUCAGAUGGUGCAGCAGGUCGUGAUUUUUCACUUUUUCCGUGGCCAGAUCACAUUCCAUUUAUUCUUCCGCCAUAUCUGUUUGAUUGGAUUGAUGUUAUAGGUGACGGUAAUUGUGGAUUUAGAGCUAUUGCCGCCACAGAGUUAGGGGGUGAGGAAGCAUGGCCUCUGUUACGACGUGCAAUGAGUUUGGAAAUGGAAACGCAUAGAGAACAAUAUGCACGCUUAUAUUUAUCAGCAGAUUCGGUGGAGGAAGCUAUAUUCAGAGUUGGUGCCCACAAUAAAGGACCUGCUCCGUACGAUCACUGGUUGGAAGCGACAACACUGUAUUCUGCAGCAACAUUUUUAAACAUAGCAAUUGCGUAUUAUGGCUCUGCGGAUGGUCAUCCAAUGUACAAUUGUUUAGUGCUUCCUUUAAGAAGAACAGGGGGAAUGCAUGGCGUAAAUAAACUUAUACAUAUUCUUUGGGUAAACGGGAAUCAUUAUGUUCAGCUUUUAAUGAACGAUGAUUCAUCUCCAGUGCCGCCAGUCCAACAAAAUUGGAGAGCAGCUAACAAUUCAUGUGCAGAUUUAGAAAGACAAUAUCGUAAUAGGAUAUCACUUUGGAGUAGAAUGUGCAACAUACAACGACAACAGCAUAAUAACACCGCUGGAGACGCGGUGAAUUUAGAUUCUCCAUAG